AUGCGUGUUGUUCUGCAGAGAGUACUGUCAGCAUCUGUGACUGUCGAUGGAAAGACAAUUUCCAAAAUCGGAAAAGGUAUUAUGUGCUUGGUGGGCAUUCGCGACAAUGACGACCAGGCUUGUUCUGAAGUUCUUGCCAAAAAGAUUCUGGAUGUUCGCUUGUGGGAUGAUGACAAGGGAAAGCCCUGGUCGAAGAGCGUGAAAGAUAUGGGCUAUGAAGUUCUGUUAGUGUCUCAGUUUACCUUGUUUGGCUCCGUAAAGCAAAAGCCGAGACCUGACUAUCAUCGAUCGAUGGGAGCCGAUGAUGCGCGUGUCUUCUUUAACAGAUUUGUAGACCACGUAAAGAAGACAUACCAGGAGGACAAGGUACAGACAGGGGAGUUCCAGGCGUAUAUGAAUGUGGAGUUGCAGAAUGACGGUCCGGUGACGCUCAUCAUGGACACAGACGAGUACGACGGAGCUGUAGACUACGUCCGAAAGCAGUUAGAGAAGGCAGAGAAGUGUAAGAGAUGUUUAAGUAAGGUGGUAAUGUUCAGACGCACACAAGUUUGA